UUCUCAUCUUACACGAGUCACAAGAUGACCUCCAAGGUGAUCGCGUUCCUGUUCGUCUUCAUUCUCAGUGUCCAGGGCGGAUUCGACGAUUGGAAAUAUGAAACCCCUACAAGAUCAAUACAAGCUUUGAAACCUAAAGGUUUACGUGUAUUCCUACCAGGUGACCCGCGAAUUAAAUUGUUUUUAUUUGAGGGAUACAUUCAAAAUGAUACACAAAAUACAUCUGUGUUCCUGAACAAAAGGGAUUUUUGGGGUUUUGGGCAGAAACAAAAGAACCGAGACGGGUGGAUAUUUGAAGAUCGCAAUAUUGCUUUGGAAGUUGGUCAAACCAUUGUGCAUCGAUCCUUCGUCUCUAUCGGAAACCCAUUUAUCAAAACGAAUGGUACGAACAAAGACGCCUUGCUUCAACUUGCUGGAUAUUAUUCGCCGAUGGGAAUUUUUACUGUUGAAGUAUUAGAAGACCCAGCUGCUCGCGGGGCUCAUUGUCCGGAAACCGCCACCAAGGUCAGAGGUGGCUACGCCUGUGCCCAAGAAGUAAUUUUCGAAGAUAAUUUCGACAACUUUCGUGAAGAUCUUUGGCAGAUUGAACAGUAUAUACCGUUUAACCAUCCUGAACAUCCGUUUGUGUCUUAUCAAAGGCCGCUGUCUUCAGAUUCAAAUUCCAAUAUUUUCAUUGAAAAUGGUUUUUUGAACAUUGUACCCAAACUUCAGCAGGACAUAUUAAAGCAAAAAAACGAGUCUAUUCAGACUGGCGCCUUGGAUCUGUUAAGCGGAUGUACCGGAGAUACGUGCGUGAUGAAAGCAACUGGUGUGAACGUUCUACCGCCUAUAGUUAGUGGACGAUUGACGAGUGCCCGGUUUGCUUUUACCUACGGAACUAUUUAUAUUCGUGCCAAGCUGCCCAGGGGUGAUUGGAUUUAUCCAGAAAUACUUCUGGAAUCUUCGACGAAAAAAUACGGCAGCUUAAACUACGCAUCGGGUCUUCUAAAAGUUGUGCUGUCCCGUGGUAAUGUAGACACGAACAGCCGACAUCAUAGUAUCCAUGAAAUUAGCGGAGGUCCGGUAAUAAACGCUAAGUGUCGCGAUUCCUUAGAGUUUUAUUAUAAAAAAAUGUCUGAAGGAUAUUGGAGCGAUGACUUUCACGAAUACGCUCUUCAGUGGACACCAGAAAGGAUAUCCUUGGACGUGGACGGCGUUAAUUUUGCCACGUACCUGCCAGGACCUGCGGGGCUGCGCGCAUGGUUGCCUCAGUCCUGUCGUGGGGAGUGGUACCAGUUGUUCCGAAACGCGUCCGCCAUGGCACCUUUUGAUCAUCACUUUCAGAUAGCUUUAGGUGUCGCUGUUGGUGGCACUAUGGAAUUUCCGGAUGGACUCAAAUCAGGUGGUAAGCCGAAACCCUGGAAUAAUAGGGGACGCAAGGCCACCCUUAGUUUUUGGCAAGAUAAAGAAAACUGGUUACCAACUUGGACCCAACCUGGAUUGGUUGUCGACUAUGUCAAAGUUGUGGCUUUGUAAUCAAUUCUAAAACUUCUAUGACUGAAAUAUAACUAAAUGUUUAUCAAAUAGUUCACAAAUCAAAUCAAUUUUAUUCAAGUAAACUUCACAACGAAGCGUUUUUGAAUCGUCGAUAUUAAAAAAACUACCACCGUUUCGGAAAGCAGCCUCCAGCGAGAAGAAAUGGCAAGAAACUCGCAUAGUUGCUCUUUUCAAAUAAACAGAUUUACAAUGCUGUUUUUUUUUUACAAAAAUUAGUGUCCUGUGAUGGAACCCGAGCCUAAAUCCAGGCGUUUUUUUCUAAAAAGUACUCAUUUAAUGAAUAAUAAGACUUAUUUAUUAUUGUAGUCUUAAUAAACUUUUUAAAUUUCGUAAAUGGUAAAUUGGUUACAUUUCCCGGUAUCUUAUUAUAUAUGCGUAUACCAUUGCCCAAAAACGUUCUCUGUACCGUAUGCAAACGGAAAGUAGGGAUUACAAGUUUAUUCUUAUUUCUUGUAUUAAUUGUAUGUUUAUCAGCUUUUAUGGACUACUUUUGUAUAUUCUACUGUAUAAACAUUAUAUUAUCAUAAAUAUAUUGUGAAGCAGCCGUUAAAACACCUAUUUCUUUAAAUUUUUCGCGUAAUGAUGUCCUAGAGCUAAUAUUAUAAAUAGUUCGGAUAGCUCUUUUUUGCAGAAUAAAUACUAUUUCAAUAUCUGCUGCAUUACCCCAUAACAACAUUCCAUAUGACAAGACUGUGAAAAUUACUAAAAUAAACUAGUUUAGCAGUACUUAUGUCCGUGAGUUUUCUUAUUGUUUUUAUUGCAUAAAUGGCACUACUUAGUUUCCCUGAUAGGGCAUACAAAUGGGUGCCCCACUGAAGUUUGGAGUCAAGGGUUGUUCCUAGAAAGGCCGUCGACUCAAUAAACUCAAGCCUUUCAUUAUUCAAAAUGGCGGCAGAAGAAUUUUAUUUGACAUUUGGCAGCGAAAACAUAAUACAUUUAGUCUUUUUGGCAUUUAGUACCAAAUUAUUUAUGUCAAACCAACCAAGAACCCGCGACAGAGCACUGCUUACAACGUCAUAAUUGUUUAUUUUUCUCUUGAGUUUCAAAAUAAGGGAUGUAUUAUCUGCAAACAGUACAAUGUCGCAAGUCUUAUUUACAAAAUAAGGUAAAUCAUUUAUAUAUAUUAAGAACAGGAGAGGUCCUAAAAUUUAACCCUGUGGUACACCCAUUUGCGCCAGAGCGCCAUUUGACUUUGCACC